AUGAAAAUAAUUGGAAAAAUUAAAAAUAUUUCUCGAAAUAUAAAAUAUCGUUAUGAUAAAAAAGAUGAAGACGAUGCAAUUAAUCUUGUUGAUUCAUGUAAUGAAUGUAAAGAUAAUACUAAUGAAAAUCUGUUAAUAUUUAUUCAAUUUAUUCGUCGAAUACGACUUUUAUUUAUUCUUCGAUAUAUUAUUUUAAUUCCUUUAUGCAUUUAUUUAUUUAUUAUUAUAACUCCAAUUAAAAAUGUGAAAUCAUUUAUACCAAUGGAAGUUGAACAAUCAAAAAAUUUUCUUAUUGUCGUUGCUCAUCCAGAUGAUGAAUGUUUAUUUUUUAGUCCAACUAUUAUUGGAUUAGUAUCUCGUGGAAAAAUCGGUCAUAUUCUUGUUUUUUCAACUGGUAAUAGUGAAGGUUUAGGACCAAUUCGUGAAAAAGAAUUAAAUGGAAGUUGUCAACAAUUAGGUAUUGAUUUAUCACGAUGUUUAUCAUUGAAUUUAACUGAUUUACAAGAUAAUCCUCAUCGUUGGUGGCCAAAAUGGAAUAUUUCAGAUAUUGUACAAAAAUAUGUAAAAAAAUUUCAUAUUGAUUUAUUAAUAACAUUUGAUCGUGGUGGUAUCUCUGGUCAUAUUAAUCAUAAAUCUGUUGCUCUUGGAAUUGAAUAUUAUAUUGAAAAAAAUUUAAAAACACCAUUAAUCUAUAGAAUUUCAACUGUUACAUCAUUAUUUGAAUUUUCUUCAAUAUUAGAUAUAUUUCGAACAUUAAUCAAAUUUAUUCCUCGUUUAUUACGAAGUUUAUUUUCAACAAUAUUACCAUUUUUAUUUUCAUCACCAAAUGAUCAACGUAUUUUAUUUGUUAGUUCACCCUUCGGAUAUUUUCAAGGUUUAAAAGCAUUUCAUGCUCAUCGAUCACAAGUACUUUGGUAUAGACAUCUAUAUACAACAUUUAGUCGACAUAUGUUUAUCAAUGAUUUAACUAAAGUUUCAAUCAAUUAA